GCGCCCGGGCUCCCGCACCAUGGCCCCCAUGGGCAUCCGCCUGUCCCCGCUGGGGGUGGCGGUGUUCUGCCUGCUGGGGCUCGGCGUGCUCUACCAUCUCUACUCGGGCUUCCUGGCCGGCCGCUUCAGUCUCUUCGGCCUGGGCACCGAGCUGGGCGCGGCGGGGCCCGCAGCCGCGGCCGACGCGGGCGCCGUGGUGGAUUUGCGCGAGAUGCUGGCGGUGUCGGUGCUGGCGGCGGUGCGUGGCGGCGACGAGGUGCGGCGCGUCCGCGAGAGCAAUGUCCUCCACGAGAAGUCCAAGGGGAAGACGCGCGAGGGAGCCGACGACAAGAUGACCAGCGGCGACGUUCUGUCCAACCGCAAGAUGUUCUACCUGCUCAAGACCGCCUUCCCCAGCGUGCAGAUAAACACUGAGGAACAUGUGGAUGCAACUGAUAAGGAGGUUAUCUUAUGGGAUCAUAAGAUUCCUGAGGAUAUCCUGAAGGAAAUAACUACUCCUAAAGAGGUACCAGCUGAGAGUGUUACUGUCUGGAUUGAUCCACUUGAUGCUACACAGGAAUAUACAGAGGAUCUUCGAAAGUAUGUCACCACUAUGGUGUGCGUGGCUGUAAAUGGUAAACCUGUUCUAGGAGUUAUUCAUAAGCCAUUUUCUGAGUAUACAGCUUGGGCGAUGGUAGAUGGUGGUUCAAAUGUGAAAGCACGUUCUUCCUACAAUGAGAAGAUCCCACGAAUCAUCGUAUCCCGUUCCCAUUCUGGGAUGGUCAAACAAGUUGCUCUUCAGACAUUCGGAAACCAGACUACAAUCAUCCCAGCUGGUGGUGCUGGUUAUAAAGUUUUAGCACUCUUGGAUGUGCCUGAUAAAAGUCAAGAAAAAGCUGACCUAUAUAUCCAUGUGACAUACAUCAAAAAGUGGGAUAUAUGUGCUGGCAAUGCCAUCUUAAAAGCCCUUGGGGGGCAUAUGACUACAUUGAAUGGUGAAGAAAUCAGUUACAUAGGCUCUGACGGCAUCGAAGGGGGCCUCCUCGCUAGCAUCAGAAUGAACCAUCAGGCUCUGGUCCGAAAACUCCCAGAUCUAGAAAAGACAGGACAUAAAUAAGUAUAACUAACUACAGGGGGGCAGUAUCCCCAGAGCUGAAAUGGUCAGCCUGAACUGCUCAAAGUGUCAGAGGGUUGGUAGAGACUAUGCAUGGUUAAAGGCCAUCCUGAACUUUUUUAAGUAUUUAUGAAGCAUCAGAGACUUAUUUUCCCUAUAAUAGGAUACAAAGUCAGGGAAAGUGGGUUGCUUCGUGUCUCAAGUAUUGUCUUUAUUUUUGAGACUAUUUUCGUACAGUUGUCAUACACAAGGCGCAUAUAUAUUUGUGAAUUAAAAUCUAUAGCUGAGUCUACAUUAUGAGCCACCAUUUUCACACAUCAUGAAUCUUCAUUAUUUGUUAAUAUUUUCAUAUACAAAUUGGGUUGAAGGAAGGAUUGAUUUUGUGUAGAUGUUUGAUGUAACUUGAAAAUAAAGUAACUGAGGAUUUUUA